UUCACAUAGAGCUGUUUUAGCUGAGCUGGCUGUUGGGUUGUUUGAGUUCCUGUCGACGACUUUCUCUGAGUGGGAGCAAUCUCUAAAAACCAGGAAGAUUAACACGUCGAGUGAGAAGCGUGUUGAAACAGUCUCCUAUCCACAUUUCACACCAGCUGUGUUGAGCUUUUAGCUAAAAAGGAGUUUCAGCUGUGUGGAAGCGACGCCGAAAUGGACCCCGCCAGUCAAGAUAUCAACCUGAACUCUCCUCACAAGGGCCUCGUUGCAGAGAAUUCAGCCGUCCUGUCUGACGUUCAGGUGGAGGGAGUGGUGGAAGGAGCGGUGGAGGGAGCAGGAGCAAAUGCAUUGAACCCUCUCCCCCCUGGCCUGACGGAGGAGGAGGCUGAGGAGCUCCGCACAGAGCUCACCAAGGUGGAAGAGGAGAUCAACACCCUGCGUCAGGUUUUGUCGGCCAAAGAGAGACACGCCCAAGAGCUGAAGAGGAAACUCGGCCUCAGCCCGCUCAACGAACUCAAGCAGAACAUCACCAAGAGCUGGGCGGACGUACAGACCUCCAACGCAUAUCUGUCUGCCUCAGCCACUCUGGAUGACAUUUCCCGCUCUGAAGCAUACAAGAAGACUCAGGAGACUCUCUCCCAGGCGGGACAGAAGACCAGUGCAGCUCUCUCCACAGUGGGCACGGUCCUCAGCAGGCGACUGGGCGACAUGAGAGCUCUUCCUUUCUCUAAUUCCUUUAGUAGCAACUAUUCCAUUCGCCACUCGAUAAGUAUGCCCGCCAUGAGGAACUCUGCAACCUUCAAGUCCUUUGAGGACAGAGUGGGGACCCUGAAGACUAAGGUUGUCGGCCCCAGAGGAAACGGAGAGCCCGUCACCCCCACUGACACCACCCCCACUCAGGAGAACCCGCCUUUCUGAAUGCAUCCCUCCUCCUCCUCCUCCUCCUCCUCCUCCUCGCUGCCACCUUCCUCACGACCUGAGACUGUACUGUUAACACCUCACAUCGCUGACCCUCGACCCUCCACUGCACCAACUCCACUCUCUUUGCCCUGAGGUCUGUCAGCGCAGACGGGCAGGACUCGUGGGGUUGAGGUGGGACGAGCUUCCCAUCGCUGCUGGUCCCACGGUCUCCAUUCCCCCGCCUCGCUGCGGGGGGAAAGGAAAAUGUUUUGUUGAUGUCUAAACCUGAAUCAUUUACAUCUUCACCCUAUUAAGACCCACAUUUGUUAGCUCAAAUAAGUUGCCAGACACCUUUUUUCAAACAGGUUGCUUCUGCAAAUCACCUGGCUUACAAAAAGGCAUUAUUAAGAUGUCAGGCUCCUCAACUAAAUGACAAACUUCACAUUUAAUUCUUAGAUGCAUCUCUGCAGCAGUAUCCAAAAUCACAGAGUUUAAGAAGCAGGACAUCUUUAGACUGAGGGUGGUGGAGCACUUUACGGGCAUACCUAAGAUGGUGGCGUAUACUGCUACUAUUUCUGUCUUCUCGUUUCUGACUACUAUCGUGUACUUUAAAUAAUGCAUUCACACUGUGAUCACAUGCUAGUGUCACCACAGUAUCCCUCACCUUCUUUCAAACUUGUACAGUUACCUUCACGACCCGCAGUGUGAACGCAGGCUACACUCGCAGGUCAGCGUGCACACCCCCCCCCUCCCCACACUUUAGACCUUUUACUGCUACAUGCAUGUGCAUCUCAUCUCAGUUGUACCAUACCGACCAAGCAAAGAAGACCCUUAAAAACACACACACCCAGGAUGUAAAAAUAAACCGUAAACCAUUUUGUAUUACAAACUAUUUUACACUGCUUUGCAUAAUGUUUUUACAUAACUUUUAUCAAUAUGUAUACAUAUAUAUGAAUAAAUAUAUUGUCACUGAUACUGCCGUAUGGUGGAAAUCAGGUUCGGGGGGUUUAGGCAAAAAUGCCGGAGGAGGAGAAACACUUAAAACAAACACUAUGGGUCAGUUUCACAGGCGUGAGUUAUUGUCAGUCAGGAGGUUUUUCUUUAAACACGUUUUAAAUGUUUGUGAAACUGAGCCAUUAACAGGCUGCAGUCUACUAAUCAGACGAGAAGACACAUAAUCAAACCGGUUUCAUUUAACAACAUGAAUCUGGAUGCUAGCGCCGUGAUUUGCAAGUGAAACUAAGACCUCCGGUCGGAAGUGAAACUACCUUGACUGUGUUUCUUCUCUGCUCUGGUGUGACCGCUGUUCCCUUCAUGUUAACACACAGAACUCAAUGUGAGACGAUGCUUUGCUCUGUACACUACCUGGUGAAUGUCAACGCUUCUCUAUCGGACUUAUUCACUUUCAAUGGUUCACCUGUUAUUAUAAGUUAGCUGGUAGAAAAGAGGUGUUUUUUUUUCUUUGUUUGUGUUCCUUUUUAAAAAUUGUACAGACUGGUUGGAUUGAAGGAAGGGGAGUAAGGGUUGUUUAGAGUCCGGCGGGCCACAACAUGUGUCAUGAAAAAAUCUAGCUGCCAUAGAAGAAACUUUGCCAACAACCCCUUAAUGCACUCCUGUUAACACACGAAAUGCCCUGAUCGCGCUCACACACUGUGCAUUAAGCCAAACUCACACUGUACCAAAUCACUGUUGCUCUGAUUGGUUUGCCCCUGAAGGUAUAAAGCCGAAGCUCUUACAAACUGGCAUUAAACCUGAAAGCGCAGAGAUGUGCAGCACUGUCACUUUUCUCCUAAAAACAACAAAGUUGUGGGUGUUUUUUUUUUCAAUAAAGUUGCAGAUUCAAAGGCAACAAUGCCUCUGGAGGUUUGACAAAAUGUAACACUCCUAUUAGUUAAAGUUCCAAGCCAAAGAGACGGGGCAACUCUCAAUUAAAACUGCCAAAAUGAGUCUGAAUUGUAAGUCAAUCUCAAGUUGUUGUUGUUGUCGAGGAUGAUCAUGUAAAAAUGUUCUCAAGGGAAUUAAGAUUUUUCCAUGUUGCCAAAAAAUUGUAGAAAUGGUUUCUCUGGCAUCCUCACUGCAAUGUCUCAAGUAAUCUUGUGUCGACGCAUUUUAUUGAGCUGGUAAAAAAGGUGAAUUCUGAGCUGUUAUAUACCUUAAUAUUUUGGAAAUCAUUCAAGGAUUCACGAGAAAACUUCCCAGCUUGUAGUCUAACAAAAAGAGCAGAACGUUUUUUUAAAAGACAUAGAAACAGUUCUCGGUGAAGGAGCUGGGCUUCAAAGAACAAACAUUAAAUACAAAUAUACAAACUGCUUGUAAACAACUUUCGGCUUCAAAACUGCUGCCAGUUUAUCUUAAAUGUUUUUCAUUGCGUUGUGUGUUGCUCAUUUGGUAGGUCAUAUAUUACUGUUGGGUGAUUUUCUGUUUUCUUGUGGCUUUCCUUCUGUUUGGAGAGGUGUACUCUGUUAUUUGUACAAAUUAUUUGCCAUCAGUUAAAAAAAAAAGUUGCCAAUAUUUAAAUAUCUGUUACAAAAAUCUUUCUCUUUCUGCCUCUGAAUAUCUGGAGUCUCUGACUUUCUGCCUCUGAAUAUCUGGAGUCUCUGACUUUCUGCCUCUGAAUAUCUGGAGUCUCUGACUUUCUGCCUCUGAAUAUCUGGAGUCUCUGACUUUCUGCCUCGCCAAGAUACAAAAUGUCGUUGCACACUAUAAGGAAUAUUGAUCUCAAGUCAUUUACUACAGGAUUUACACAUAACAUAUUUGUCAUGAAGAAAGUAGAGGGCAUACUUGAUGCUCCCUGUCGGGCAAUGAUCCCACUUUGUAUAGGAAAAAUAAAUCCUAAAUUAAAUGACUUGAGAUGAUUGUUUGUUUUACAGUGUAGCUGUUGCCUGUUUAUUGCUGCAUUCAGUUUUGUGAGCCUGACGGAAAAUGAUGAUGGUCUUUUGUUUUGGGUGCCAAUGGGAAGUGCAGCACAUGACGAGCGUGCUUGGAGAGGACACUAGACUUAUAGCUUUAUUUAGGUCCUGGGCCUAGCUGAUGUAGAAUAUGGAAAGGGAUCAGAUUUGGAAAACUGGUGAAUUAAUUAAAAAAACAUUUGGUUUUGUUGUAUAUGUUUGGAUAUCAAUAAAGCAUUCCUUUAAAUGAA